AUGCAAUCUAUGCUUGAUUUCCACAUUCCCGUCUUUUUCUCGCCGGUCAAAUUUGGGAACCCCUUCGAAUUGGUUUUCUUGGAUCCCCUUUUCCGGAGGUAUUUGCCAGAACCUACUACGUGGGGGCAAUUGAAGUUGGAAGGAAGUGGAUUGGCAAGGGAAUUUGCCUGUGGCCAUCUUCAAUUUUCGAAGAAAAAAAUCGAGGUGGAUUAUGUUCAGUGUUUGAUGGAAAGAACUGAACACGCAUUAGUUCCAGAAUGGCUAAGAUGUACAGGAAAUGUUGCUGGAAGCGGCACCUCAGCCCACCACAAAGAUACUUCCUCCAUGCAUUCUCCACGAAGCCGGACAGUCAGGAGUAAUAGUGGAAAAGACAGCUCACGGUUUCUGGACAGAAGUUCAUUGACUGAUUCUAGGCGUAGUUCAAGUAGUAAUGGUUCUGAAAAGCAUCCGUAUAGUAGUUUCACAAGGAAUCCUCGCAAUAGAAACCGUGCUAGGGAAAAGGAGAAGGAAAAGGCUUUUCCUAAUGAUAUAUGGGACCAUGGCUCUUUGGACCCCUUGGAAACUAUAUUAACUCGUGGAGUUGAGAGGAUUGGGUUUAGGCGUUCUCAAUCGUUGGUUACAAGAAAGCCUGGGGAAGUGGUGACUCGCACGGUUGAGGACUACAAGAAACCUAGACAAAGUAGCACUAAUCCUAGUGGCAUUCAGAAUUCUGGUCUUGAGAGGGAUUUUCCAUCUCUUGGAACUGAAGAGAAGCAAGGUGUGAUUGGAAAUAGUAGAGUGCCAUCUUCUGGCUUAAGUUCUGCUGUUCAUAGUCUGCCUAUUGGCAACUCGGGGUUUCUUGGUGGUGAGAAAUGGACUUCUGCUUUAGCAGAGGUUCCUGCUGCACUUGUCAGUAAUGGCGUAGGACACUCACAUGCUCAACAGAAUGUGGUUACAUCUUGCCCAGGGGGUCUUAACAUGGCUGAGGCGCUGUCACAGCCUCCAGCACAAGUUCGUGCUUCUCCACAGAUGCCUGAUAAGAGCCAAAGGCUUGAGGAAUUGGCCAUUAAGCAGUCUAGACAAUUAAUUCCCAUGACACCUUCAAUGUCUAAACCCCUGAGCCUUAAUUCUGGAGACAAAUCAAAACAACCCAAGAUUGCAGUCAAAGCCAAUGAGAUGUCCAAGGGUUUGCAGCCGCAACCUCAUUCGCCGCAUCUCUCUAACCACUCUUAUGCUGGGAAGUUUCUGGUCCUCAAACCAGGGCGUGAAAAUACAUCUACUUCAUCUGGCGAUGCCAAUUAUAAAGUGCAUAAUGGCCCGGGUCCUAAUUCUCCAUCUACCCCGACUGCAUCAAUGAGUCCAAAAAAUUCUGUGGUUUCUAAUCUUGAUGACAAAGUUGCUGCCUUGUCGGUAAAUUCCAGGUCGAAUGUGGACAAAAGGUCACCCCAAUCUAUGGCCCAGAGCAGAAGUGAAUUUUUUAACCUCAUGAGGAGGAAAAGCAUGCCCAAUGCGACAACCACUCUUUCAGAUUCGAGUUCGGCUGUUUCAUCCGUCGGUGAAGAAAUAAGCAAAGAAGGAUGUGCUCCAGAAAUUCCUAGCCCGUUUGAGAAUGGUGGUCUGAUUACUUGCAAUGGCAAUGGACAUUACAGCCCUGAAAAGUCCGAAAGUUGUGCUGACAAGGAAAAAACUGACGUGUUCUCUGAUGGGCAACUUUGUCCAGAUGAAGAAGAGGCUGCAUUCCUUCGGUCGCUCGGGUGGGAAGAAAAUGGUGGAGAAGAUGAAGGUCUCACGGAGGAAGAGAUUAAUGCCUUCUAUCAGGAGUACAUGAAGAGGCGGCCAUCUUUGAAGGUGCGGAUUAAUUCUUUGCCAAAAUGCUCUGCACUGCCUGCCAUUUCCAGUUCCGAGUCGAGCUCAUCUGAGUCUGAAGAUUGA